GCGGGGGCGAUGGGCACGGCGGGUGGAGGUGCCCAUACCCUGCGGUUGGCCGGAGUGCACGGCUACGCGGCGGAGUUCUCGCCUUACUGGCCGGGGCGCGUGGCCUGCGCCGCCGCGCAGUACUACGGCAUCGCAGGUUGUGGAACUUUGGCAGUGCUGGAACAAAAUGAAGCUGGGGUUGUUCUGCUCAGGAGUUUUGACUGGAAUGAUGGCCUGUUUGAUGUGACCUGGAGCGAGAAUAAUGAACAUGUGUUGAUCACUUCUAGUGGAGAUGGAUCUCUGCAAAUCUGGGAUACAGCUAAAACCAAAGGUCCGCUGCAAGUCUACAAAGAGCACACUCAGGAGGCAUAUAGUGUCGACUGGAGCCAAACUAGAGGAGAGCAGCUAGUGGUGUCUGGUUCAUGGGAUCAAACAGCCAAGCUGUGGGAUCCAGCUGUGGGGAAGUCAUUAUGCACUUUUAAAGGCCAUGAAGGGGUCAUUUACAGCACUAUAUGGUCUCCACACAUCCCAGGUUGUUUUGCGUCUGCUUCAGGUGACCAGACUUUAAGAGUUUGGGAUGUGAAAGCCCCAGGAGUCAAACUUGUGAUACCGGCCCACCAGGCUGAGAUCUUGAGCUGUGACUGGUGCAAAUAUGAUGAGAACUUGCUGGUAACUGGUGCAGUUGACUGCAGCUUGAAAGGCUGGGAUUUGCGGAAUGUUCGGCAACCAGUGUUCAUCUUGCUUGGUCAUACUUAUGCUAUUAGAAGAGUAAAAUUUUCACCAUUCCAUGCAACUUUAUUGGCCUCUUGCUCCUAUGAUUUUACUGUGAGAUUUUGGGACUUUUCCAAGCGUAACUCUUUGCUGGAAACAGUUGAGCAUCACACAGAAUUUACAUGUGGACUGGAUUUAAGUCUUCACAACCGUGGUCAGGUGGUGGACUGUGCUUGGGAUGAACUAGUCAAGAUCUAUACUCCACCAUGUCUGGCAGCUCCUGUCUAGAGAAAAAGUGAAGAUGAUCUGACACGCCAGGAACCUUUCUGUCUUCUCCCACAACCAGAUUUUUGCUCAACUGUUGACUGAAUCACUAAUUUUAGUGUCUCUUUCUAAGAAAAACUCUGCUUGAGUGGAGGGUUGUGCACCUAAGCACAUGAAGGUGUUAGGGCUUGGUUUACUGUACAGAUAGUACUUGAGUCAGCAAAAUGUUCAACAUCUACUGAACAACUCAAGAGUGGCUGUGGCAGACAGGAGCUGGUGUCUUUGGAGUAGAAUCGCCAAUGCAGUUUUGUGAUCUGGCUGGCUAAUGAUGAGAGCAGAGGCCUGAAUCUUCUUGAUCCUUAUAAAGAAUAAAAGAAUAAAAAACAAAAGGCUUUGUAUUUUGAGACAACGUCAAUGUAG